GCACACACGAUUCCUUCACUCAUGCAAUCAACAAACAUAGUCCGCCUUCAACAGACGCGCCGAUCUACCAAAUCGUAUCCAAACUGCCCAAUGUGAUCGGUGGCUCUAUCUUGUGCAAUUGGACUGUCACACAAAAGCUGGACAUUCAGAGCCAAUUACUGGCCGGGAUUCGUUAUUUGGACUUUCGUGUGGGCGUGAAAAAGUACUCGAAUAAUCAAUCCGGAUACGAGUUCUAUUUGGUGCAUGGUCAGUGUGCUAACACGUUGGCCGAGGAGUUGCAAAAUGUUGCCGAAUUUCUGUCUGAUCAUCCGCGUGAAGUCGUAUUGAUUGAUUGCAAUCACUGCUACGAUUUCAAAACUCCCGAACAGAUCUCAGAUUUUGAGAACUUGGUGCUGAAAGUGAGUCCUAUAGUCGCACUCCACAUGAUCUCCGUCCUCCAUGGUGUGACUAACGAAACCGUUUUUGGUAUAUUGGUACCCAGCUGUACACAAUCACUUCCUCGGUAA